UGGGCGCUUUUGGUUGGUGCUAGUGUGUCGACGGCCGUCAAGUGAAAGAAGUUCAAUGGCCGUGGCGGGGUCUGUAAAGACGGCGCUGCAGGUGGCCGAGGUGCUGGAGGCCAUUGUGAGCCGCUGCGUGGGGCCCGAGGGACGACAGGUUUUGUGUACGAAGCCCACCGGCGAGGUGCUGCUCAGCCGGGAUGGAGGCCGCCUCCUGCAGGCCCUGCAGUUAAACCAUCCAGUAGCCAGGAUAAUAGUGGCGUGUGUUUCCAGUCAUCUAAAAAAGACAGGAGAUGGUGCUAAAACAUUUAUUAUAUUUCUUUGCCAUUUACUCAGAGGACUUCGUGCAAUCACAGAAAAGGAUUCAUUGAUUCCUGAAAAUUUUCAGACCUUUGAAAGACGUUGGAAAACUUGUUGUCAGUGGAAAUUUAUUUCUCAGGCUCUAUUAACGUUUCAGACACACGUUCUAGACUAUAUUAUGGACCAGUACUUAAGUAGACACUUUUUAUCCAUCUUUUCUUCAUCUGCUAAAGAGAGAACAUUGUGUAGGAGCUCCUUAGAAUUACUCUUAGAUGCAUACUUUUGUGGAAGAGUGGGAAGAAAUAAUCACAAGUUUAUUUCACAAUUAAUGUGUGACUACUUUUUCAAGUGUAUGACUUCGGAAAGUGGGACGGAAGUUUUUGAGUUAGUGAAUGACUGUUUUGUAGAGUUGAAUGUCAGUGUCACUGGCCUCCCUGUGUCAGAGUCUAAGAUCAUAGAUGGUCUUGUGCUUCACAGAGAUUUUUCUGUUUACUGCCCAGCAGAUGGUGACAUGCGAGUAGCCAUAGUAAGAGAAAUCAUUCAGCCUCUUUUUUCAACUUCUGGGUCAGAGUUUGUUCUAAACUCAGAAGCACAGUUUCAGACAUCUCAGAUUUGGAUUAUGGAAAGAACAAAAUCAAUAAUGAAACAUUUACUUAGUCAAAAUGUAAAAUUGCUUCUGUCUAGUGUGAAACAGUCAGAUUUAGUUAUUUAUUAUGCAAGACUGAGUGGCAUAUCAGUUGUGGACUGUUUAUCAUCAGAGGAAGUUUCUUUUAUCCAAAGGAUCAUCAGUUUUUCCCCAUUUGUGUUUCCACAGGCCUAUUUACAGUGUGAAAUUUCCAACACUGCUUUGGUGAAAUUUUGUAAACGUCUUAUCCUUAGAUCCAAAAGAUACGUUCAUCUUGGUCUAAUUAGUACAUGUAAAUUUGUGCCACACUGUAUAAUUCUUUGUGGACCAGUGCAGGGUCUUGUUGAACAACAUGAAAGUGCUUUAUAUGGAGCAUUUAAAAUGCUUCAGCAGUUAUUUAAAGACUUUGAUCUAAAUUAUGUUAAAAAAGUCAAUGCCCAAAGUGACACAUUAAGUCCUCCUCUUUAUAAAAAUAGUAGAAAGAGUAAUCAGUUACUCAGAAUUUGUAAUCACCCUAUACGUAAACCUUAUCAAGGCACAGGUAUAAAGAACAAUGAUGAAUUGGAAAAAACUCAGUAUUUAAAAAUACACUCAAACUUGCCAGUUUCAACUGUUGAAUUAGAAACACACAUUUCAUUUUCAGCACCAAAAAUGAUGCCAACAGAUACAGUCCAAACAGAUGAAAUAUGGAAGUGUUUGCCUCCUGAAAAUAAAAGGGUAACUGAUGACAGUGAACUAAUUGAGAAUAAUUCCACUAGGAAUUCUAUAACAGAAAACACUAGAAUAGAAGUUUCUUAUGAAAAUUUCCAGGUCACAAAUAGUGCUGGAAAGGGGAGCAUAUUACCAGUGAAAUAUAAAUCGCUAGAAACUACAUGCAUUUCACAGAGUUGCUGUUCAUCUAUACCAGCCGGUUGUGUUUUGCCUGUGGGUGGGAGUUUUGAGAUCUUACUACAUUACUACCUUAUCAACUAUGCCAAAAAAUGUCAGCGGUUAGAAGAAAUCAUGGUUAGUAAGUUAAUAGCCAAUGCACUUUUAGGCAUUCCCCAAAUCCUUUAUAAACAGAAGAAAGGAUAUGACAGUUUCCCACAAGUAUUUUUGAGAACUCUCCCCACACUGCAAACUGAUCAACCCAUGAUAAACUGUCAGGCAGGUUUGGAAUCAGUAAUUGGUAAAUACCAUGUACUAACUUCAGUUCUUCAAUGUUUGACAAAAAUAUUAACCAUUGACUUGAUAAUCAGUAUUAAAAGACAACCUUCAAAAAGUUGUGAGCCAGACUCAGAAGAUGAGCUUCAAUAUUAGCAAUUUUUUGUAACUUAGUUUUUAAUCCAACUAGAACCAUAAAAUAAGGCAGACAUAUGACUGUGGGUUCUCAGGACAGUUCAGUCUACUCAGAAAAACAGCCUAAGAUCAAAUGUCUUCAGAAGUAUGCCAAGGCCACCAGACCGUUCGGAUGCAAAUAUUAGGCUACUUUAUGUAACAAAACUAAAGGGGAAACCGAGAUCCAGCUAAGGCAUCUCCCGUUUUAUGUCUGUGUAAGUCUGUGUGUUUAAAGGAGUGUUUAAUUUAAAGCAUAUAAAUUAAAUUAUUCCUUCAUGUGCCACUUAUUUCAUUUCUAUUCCAUUUAGAAAGAAAACCUUCAUAGAUUUUUACCACUCAUAAACCACUGAAUAUGUUAUGAGAAAUGUGAUUGUGCAUUGUGAACUCAUUUUAUUUUUGUAAUUAAAAGUUAAUUCCAGAAACAAUAUGGAAUUU